GGGAGAUUCAUCAAGAAAAAAAUUUUGCAUUAAGUGCUUCCAUCCUUUGGAACUAACUCUAUAAUGCCGUGUGCUUGCGUUUUGCUGAAGAAAAUAGCAUUGAAAAAAAUAGAAAAAAAGGGCCGCGAAUAUAAACUAAUGAGAGGAUUUAUAAAUCCCCUCACAUCAAGCACACUUUUCUCUUUAAAUUUUAGCAAAUCAAAUAUCCAAGAAUUAACAACAACAUUUCCACCACCUCCGCAAUUAAUAGAAGAAGAUUCAAUAAUUACUAGACAAACAAAAAAUGAAAAUAAAAAAUUUAAUUAUAAACGAAAUGAAAUAAUAUCAACAGAAGAAGUUACUGGAAAAGCAGAUCCAUUCCAAGAAGAAAAUGAUAUUGUUCAAAAUGAGGGAAAUUUAAUAAAAGAAGAAAUUAAUUUGGACCCAGAAUUACUAACCGGAUUAAAUGAAAACGAAAUUAUUGUAAUUUCACAACAAGUAGAAAUUGGAGAAACUGAAGAACAAGAAGGAGGAACUAAUAAUUCUCAAUGUAGCAGAAAAAAGAGAACAACAACAACAACAAAUAUAUUAAAUGGGGAAGGGAAAUUUUAUUGAAAAAAUAAUUUUCUUUAAAAAAGGGGAAAAUAUUUCUUUUAAACCCAUCAGUAUUGCAUAGAGUUUACAUCCCCACGGGAAAAAAUGAGAUCUGAUUAUCAAUUUUUUAUUAAAAUAGAACAUUUAUUAAAGGGAUUUUUUGAAGAAACUAAAAUAGGGGGGGGGGGCGUCCAAUCUCCAGAAAAAAUUUGGAACAUAGGCAAAAAUUAUAUAUUCUUAUAAAUUAUUUUUUUAAGCUUUUCCUUUAUAAAUUUAUUAUAUCUAUGGUAUUUUGU